AUGAACAAAUAUCUUCCUGGUAUUUGCUUCGCGUGUCAGAAAUGUCUGUUUUGCUUUAAUUUUUCACCUUGUAACUGUAAUAAAAACAUAAAACCAACAAGAGUAAGCAAACCAGAACGUGGACAGCAAAUUUAUUUUCGUGUAUAUACUCCAAACGAAAAUUUACCAACAGCAAAUUACUUUCUUUCUUCUGCCGAGACGAAAUUUCAAUAUAAUAAUAAUUUUAAUGAGCCUUUUUCUUUUACUUUUUGUUCUACAUGUAAUAGCAAAUAUCAAAGGUUGAAAACUAAAGACAAAAUUUCUAAAAAAAAAAUGAAAAGUAAAGCUGCAGUUGACGUUGAGUCUCUUGAAUUAUUUGAAGAAUGUGGUAUUGAUGAAAUCAAACUACAUGUAAGCAUUGAAAAAAAGGGUAAGAAAACCUCUACUUCUAAGGCUCUAAUUAUUAAACCAGUUGAAUAUAUCAAUGUUAUGGAAAAGAUCAAUGCUUUUGUACAAAAAGCACUUCAAAAUGAGAAUAUCAAACCAGCAGAUUACAGUAUAUCAUAUAAAGCAAUGAAUUCACAUGGUCUUUCAAGUGAAUUAGAAGAUGAACUUGAUUUUAAAGAGUUUAUUGAAGAUUAUAAGAAAGUUACUACAGCUAAUAAAAAAAUGGGAAUGAUGGUAGUGAUUGAUAAUUCUACAGAUAAUGAAACAAAAUCAAGUGAAAAGCGUUCAAAGAAUUCUGAUGAUGUUGAAAGUGAUGGAUCAGUUUCUGAGGAAGAAAAGGUAAUAACACAUACUAAAAAGAAGAAAAAAUCUCGUGUUAUUAGAGAUGAUGAUUUAUCAAAAGAAGAAAGAACACAAGCAGAAAUAAUUUCUGUAUUAUGCGAAAAAUACAAGUGUAAUUUACAUACAACACCAUGUUAUAUUCAAGAUAAUCGUCAUUUACAGCUUAAUCCAGCAAGAUUACAACUUUGGGCACGAGAAAUUAUGAAUAAAGGUACUACCGAAGACGUUCCACCAACUUAUCCCACAUUUAGUGCAACAUUAGGCGUGUUAGUUAGCAAUAAUAAUACUCAAAUAUCCACUACUGCACCUGCUACUGCAUCCACUACUACAUCUGCUACUGCAGUACCUGCUGCUGCAUCAGCUGUCCCACCUGCUAAUACACCUACACCUAUUAUUAUUCAAAUGCCACCAUUUCAAUAUCCUUAUCCUUCUUUUAAUCAAUUAGAUACAUCUACAAAUCACAAAUUACCUUCAAUUCAUGAAUUUCUUUUUAGUUUAGAUCAAAAAUACAAUUGUAAUGGUGAAUAUUCUCAAUUUGAAAAUGCUUUUCUUGAAGAAGCAAUAACUGUAAAUGUUAUAAAAGACUUAUCUGAUGAACAAAUGAAAACAUUAGGUAUUGUAAAAAUUGGGUGGCAAAAAAAUAUUAGACAAGAAGCACAAAAAUAUUGA